UCGGCGCCUGCGUACAUGGUGCUUCCGGCGGGCCGCAGGGCUGCGGGAACCUCCGAGUGUUGAGCACUGGGCUCCAGCCAUGGCUUCUUUGCAAGCCAAGGAUGCCUAUCUGCAGGACUUGGCCAAGAAGAUCUGCGCACAGCCUGGCCCCGAGCGGCAGAGGAGCGAGUGGGCUGUCAAAACAAAACGCUUGGAAGCUGCCGAGCUCCCCAAAAAGAAGAGGAAGAAAGCACAAAAGAAAUCUCAGGAACAGAAAGCUACAGAGCACAAGACUAAGCCCCUAGUGAAGACGGCUCCUCCCUCUUCUAGGGCCAAGAAACCAAUGGAAUCUAAACAAGAGAAGAACUCCAGCUCCCUGGAGUCCCCUGAAGAUAGCCAAGUCACAGCACCUGAUUCUGUCUUUGCACUGGAUUUCCUGCGACAGCGGCUUCAUGAGAAGAUCCAACUGGCCCGGGGCCAGGGCAGCACCAAGGAGCUGUCUGCUGCCACGCUAGAGAAAAGACAGCGGAGGAAGCAGGAGAGGGAACGGAAGAAGAGGAAGCGGAAGGAGCUUCGAGCAAAGGAGAAGGCUGCAAAGACUGAGAAAAAAGAGGAGCCAGCUGAGGCACCUCCAGAAGUGCCCUGCAAGGAGCCGCAGGCAUCAGGACUGAUGUUUAAUAAGGUGGAAGUGACUGAAGAGGAGCCGGCCAGCAAGGCCCAGCGUAGGAAGGAGAAGCGGCAGAAGGUGAAAGGGAACCUGACACCCCUGACAGGCAGGAAUUACAGGCAGUUGCUGGAGCGUCUACAGGCGCGGCAGGACCGGCUGGAGGAGCUUCGAGAUCAGGGCAAGGCCCAGGAGCUGGAGGCGAAGAUGAAGUGGACCAACUUGCUGUACAAGGCGGAGGGUGUGAAGAUCCGUGACAACGAGCGCCUGCUGCAGGAAGCCCUGAAGCGCAAGGAGAAGCGAAAGGCACAGCGGCAGCGCCGGUGGGAGAAGCGCUCGGAGCAUGUGGUGGAGAAGAUGCAGCAGCGCCAGGACAAGCGGCGCCAGAACCUGCGCAAGAAGAAGGCGGCCCGGGCUGAGAGGCGGCUGCAGAAGGCCCGCAAGAAGGGCCUGGGGCUCCAGCAGGACCUGGAGCGUGCGGGCCUCUCCUGAGCAGCUUGUACCUGCCACAUUUCUGCCCGGGCACCUCGGUGACAGACUGGGUCUCCUAUGUGAGAUCGGCACGUUCUUGCACCACAGAGCCAUAGUGUGUGCCAAGAGGAUGUUUUGGCAUCAUCCUUAAGUUGGGCAGUGUCCUCCAGUCCCUGGGAGGGAGGGAGGGGAUCUGUGCCCAAGUUUUCUUGUGAGGUAGGGGUGUGUCUGUGCGUGUGUGUGUGUGUCUGUGCGUGUGUCUGUGUGUGUGUGUCUGUGUGUG